AUGCAUAUUAAUAAAAUACUUCCCCUAUUUGUUCCCCUGUACUCCUAUCUCCUAUCCCCUACUGCAUAUAUAAUAAUUAUAACACAGGACUGUAUGAAUAAUUAUAUACUUAAUGAAAUAAUUGAAUCCGGCACUACAAGCACAGUAUAUAAAGCACACAAUGUACUGAAUAAUAAAGUGGUUGCAAUUAAGAUAAUAAACAGGAAUAAGAUAGGAAUAGAAAAGAAGGUGCAAAGAGAGAAUAGAAUACUAAGAGAAGUACUAAUAUCUUAUCUACUAUCACAUCCUAAUAUAUUGAAGUUGGAAGAGUUCAAAUACACCAAGGACCACUUCUACUUAAUAUUCAAGUACAUCAAGGGAAACCAGUUGCUUAACGAAAUAAUUAAAUAUAAAGUACUCUCGGAGGAUAAAGCAAGAAAGUACUUUAUACAGAUACUUGAUGCACUAAAUUAUAUCCACAAUAAUAAUAUAGUGCAUAGGGAUAUAAAGAUAGAGAAUAUAUUGAUAGAUCAGAACGAUAAUGCAAUAUUAAUUGACUUUGGACUAUCCAAUAUAUACGAGCAAAAUAAGUACUUGAAUACAUUCUGUGGGUCAUUAUACUUUGCAGCCCCUGAGUUAUUGUCUGGGCAUAACUACAUUGGUCCAGAAGUGGAUGUGUAUAGCUUGGGGGUUGUAUUGUAUGUCAUGGUGGUUGGGUGUGUGCCUUAUGAUGACAAGAACAUAAGUAACCUAUACAAUAAGAUAAUGAAUAAUAAGGUAAGAAUGGAUGGAGUAAGUGACAAGCUGCGUGUCCUGUUGUGUGGUAUGCUUGAUAAGAAUGGGGGUAAUAGGAUGAGUAUCCGGAAGAUAUACGAAAGUGAGUGGGUUAAGGAAGGCUUAUCUGAGUUUGGUCUAAUGGGUGAUCCAAGAGUAGAAUUAGCUAAUACUGUGGCUAAUGUGGUGACUAGUACUGUUGCUAGUGUAGUAACUAGCACUGUGGCUGGUGCUGUGGCUACUGGUGAAGUAGUGAAUAGCGUAGAUGCAGUGAUGCCUAAGAAUACAAUAAUGCCGCAUACCCAUGGAAUAAAAGACACCAAUGCAGUGCCCAGUAUAAUACAGUCUACUAAACAGAGUAGUCGGCCCAAGAAGAAGACAAAUAAUCCAUACAACCACAGUAGACCAAUGACUACUGCAAUACCGAAUAAGAAAAGCAUACCCAACAAUACUGCAGAAGUACCACGGCCUGUGAAUGUGCCCAUGGGCAACCCACUUCCUAUGGCAGUGAACAGUGGGGUGGCGUCUGCUGCUCCUGUUAUAAUUAACAGAAAUAAUGACAUGGACGAAAAGGUCUAUGACUACAUUAACUUCUUGUUUGGAGGACAGUUUAAACAAGCAGAUGGUUCUUAUAAUAGAAGCAUAUACAACAUAUACAAACUAUUUAAUAAGAUCAGGAUAACACAUAAUAAGAAUAGGAUGGAUGCCAUAAUAGAGUUUAUAUCAGAAGAGAAGGUAAAGGUAAAUAGGUCAUUGGUAAAAUAUCUGAAUGGGUACAAGAUAAAAAAGAACGUUCUGUUGUGUUCUUUAGAUAAAGUAAUUAAUGAGCUGGGUAUACGGUUUAUUAUAAGUUCUGGUAAGUACUUUUGCCAGCUAGGGGAUGAUAGCUUUAUCCUGGUGGUUGGCCAGAACAUGAUUACACAAAGGGUUUCAUUUGAGGUGAAGAGGGUGAAAACUAAAGAGAGUAUACUAUCCAAGAUGAAAAUGAAGAUGAAAAAUUGGAAGAAAAAGGAUGAGGAUAAUAUCAAGCAUAUUAAGGAUGUCAUUAAGGGUAAGUUGAAUGAUAUAAUAUCUGCGGAUAAGAUAAAGUAA